AUGGCAUCGCUCUUUGAAGAGCGCUCUAUAUGCAACGAGGAGACAAAUUGGGUAAACGUACUUCGAACAGUCCUAAUUGGACUUCGAACAACCUACAAAGAAGACAUUAAAGCGUCCGCAGCCGAAAUGCGCUAUGGAACGAGUUUAACCAUACCUGGUGAGUUCUUUGUUAACCAAGACACUUUCUCUGACCCACAGAUAUUCGUUCAAAAACAUCGAGAGGUCAUGCACAAGUUUCGUGCAUCUACGACAUCAAAUCAUGCCAUCAACACAAAAUUGUUCGUUUCACCUGACCUGUACCUACAAAUCUUCACAUGUUUUUCUUUGAUGAGAUUGCGUUUGGAACAACCAUACUCUGGUCCUCAUCCUGUAAUAAAAAGAAUUAACGAUCUUCACGCAUAUGAACGGAUUUUAAAAUUAUCAACAGUACGUCUAAAACCAGCAUACAUCUCACCCGGAAACAGCACAGCCCAAAAACCAAGUCGUCCAACAUCAAGCGAUGAUCAUCAAACACUGAGUCAAGUCCAAUUAAACCAGCUUUCCACAACAAAGAUUUGGUCAAUUUUAAAGAAAAAUUAA